UUGUCCGCCGCGAACUUUGGACAGACGCUGGAGAUACUACCGCUUUUGCUCCUGCAAAACCAAGACCAUCUUUUCAGCUUACAUUCCCCUCGGCUGCCCGGCUACGCAAGAUGCCGCCUUUCGGCUCUUCACCGGAUGCUUCGAUAGCAGAAGCCUCCUCGCGAUCUCUGCAGACCUCACGGACGUCCGAAGAGCAAGAGCGGAGGCGCAAGAUUCGCCAGGCCAGGAGGCAGAAGAAACUUCAAGCAAAGCAGCGUGACCGCGAUCAGAGCAUCAGCGGGCGGCGCACGGAAGACGAGCCUUCCGCGUCCUUUAUUAGACAAGAACCACGAGAUGUCAGGAACGAAACAGCUACUACAGCUCAUAAUGUGGCGUCAAGAAGUGAGGAGCGGCAACUACAACGCAAGAGGGCUCGCUCCCAAUCUCGUCACCGAGACCGGUCUGCCUCUCCGUACAGACCAGCCGUGAGCGGCCAUGGUAAAGGCUCUACAGAUAGGAGUCGUUCUCGAGCCGAAACCGACGAGUCCUCCGCGAGUGACUCGGAUGACAGUCGCGAAGAGAGCAGACUCGCUCAAGGGCCAAAGAAGAGGAUGAAGUUGGAAGACGAUCUAGAGAAGACGGCGCUUUUAACCUUUCGGCUGAGAUCCUCAUCUUCUCAAUUCGAGAGAGUCCUGGAUAGCGUACCAUCCCUUGACACUGCUCAGGAACACGUCAGGACUAAAUUCCACCUUGGUAAAUCGUCAGCCUUCCGCCUUUCCUCCGAGAGUCCUCUCGGUGGAAGUGUAGUCCUGGAAGACGAAGAAGACUUCCGGGCCUUCAAACUUCGCGUCCUGCGGAGCAGGGCAGAAUCCACCGUGAUCACCGUCGAUAUCAUCCCAGCGGAGCAGCACCCGCUAGCAGCGCGAUUGUCGGCCUCGACCAGUCCAUCGCCUGCUCACAAUUCGAUGUUGCCUCCGUAUGUGAAGCAAUCUGUCGCACAGGCAGCCCUGAAAGCACCUCCGAUGGCAUCGACGCCAAAGCAAAAGCCUUCCACGAAGGCGAGCACUUCCACCAAUGCUACUAUUACUCGACCAACGGAUAGGGCGGCUACCUCGCAGCCCUCGCAAGCACUGCCGCCCCCCAUCUUGCCGGUCAAGAGACCAGCACCUCCGCCUGCUAAAUCAGCACCCGAAUCCGAGCCAUACGUCCCGCCCUCACUCAGAGCCAAGUAUACCGCAAGUUCUGCUUCUACUGCUUCAGGAUCACCAAACAUCGCUCCUGCAUUGCUGCCAAACACUGCGACACCAGGUAUUUCCCCAACCCCUUUGCAGCCUGAGCCGACGCCCUCCGCAUCUACUGCGCUAGCACCAGCCUCUGCGCAUCGUGAACCGAUGCCCUCAGUAUCCGCCCCGCUGACGAUGGUUGAUCCCACGACUGUGAGCAAAGCUGAGGCAGCAAAACUCAAAAAGGGGCCAUCUGCCAGCAAAAAGUGGGUAGAGGGAUGCAUUGCUGCCCAAGCGCCUUGCGGUAUCUGCAAGGCAAAAACUUUCCAUCCUUGUUACAUAUGUCCAGACCUGAUAGAAGGCGGGCUGCCGUACGCGGAACAGCAACUUGAGAAUCUCAAGAAACUGAAGAGAACGAAGGCUUGGCAGAAGGCAGCAAUCAAGGACCUUGAGGCUGUCAUUGCGAACGCCAAGGCGCUUUCAGAUCCAAAUAACAAUCACUCUGGGGGCGGCAAGGAUGACAAAGCUCCGCCUGCUGACGUUCAGGUGACAGCUCCAGCAAAAGCAGUAGCGCCUGUGACAUCUGCUGCCAGUAUGGUCCCAGAAAAUUCCACCGCCAUUUCCUCAGGAGCCUCAGCGCCAGCUCCGACAUCGUCUUCGCCUCCGCCGGCCUUGAAUGCGACAUAUCCAGAAGUCAACACGGCUGUCAACGAUGAAGCUGAUGAGGCUGUAAGUUCGGGAGAGACGACAGCGCAAGCUGGGAUGCAACAGCCUGUUGAUGAGGAGCAGGAUGAGCUGGCAGCGACGCAAGAGAUGGAGCAGAGGCAAUCGCAGCUCCCGGGUCCAGCUGCUGCCCAUGUCACGCCGGUGGUACCCGUGACUGACGAGGCAGGGGCUGAACCGACGGCUCCGUCAGGGCCGCAGACAAGCGAUGCGGUACCCAUGGCUGAAGUACCUGAUAGAGAUGAUGUGUCGCCGACCGACGCUCCUGACGGAGAACCUCCCCGAAGUCAGAAGGUCGCCGAACGCCAAGCUCAACGACAGUUGAAGCAACGGGAGACAAAAUGGAACAAGAUUCGCAAAGAUUGCGCCGCGGCCCAAGACAAAGUCAGGGCGUAUCUUGCGCGAGAAACUCGGGGAGAGACUUUGCAUGGCGCAGCAAAAUACCAUCUGACGAGGAAUCAAAAUACGCUCAAGCAGAAGACCGCAGAGUUGGAGGAGCUAGACUCGGAGCUGUCUGAUUUUGCCACGAAGAUGAACCUCCAGCGGCCUCCUCGAGCUCCUGAGCUGGAUGUGAUGAUUCCGGAACCAGAGCUCAGGAGAUCACCGCGCGUGUCGAUUUCGCAGAAAUCGCCUGUUCCGACUUCUUCCGACGGUGCUGAACCAUCUGCUGCACAGCAGAGGGAGGGCGACGUCACCGAAGCUCAAAACGAGCGUGAACGCUUGACUGCACCGCCUCCGGUCUUUACGAGCAAGCCCAGAGGACGUCCGAAGAGGUUAGCGGUCAGCAGCGACACGCAAGGAGAAGAUCCCCCUCCCCCAAAUACCAAAGGUCGGAAGAGUCUUUCUGACAUUGCACAGACCAUCGACACCAGCGCCACCAAGACUGCAAGCCCUACUGUGGGCAGUCACAAAGCUCGCGUUGGGUUGAGGACACCGCUCUCCGAGCACUCAGAGGACGACGUCGAGACGAGCCCAAUCCUGCGCAGCGUACCCAUUGAGCAAGCAACGGAAAAAAUUGAUGAGCAGCCCUUGCCACCUCCUAUGAUUACUACCUCGCCCCGGAUCACUCGGCGUCGGUCACAAACACUUCAGCCGACCGUGACGGAGACUGAAAACGAUGCUGACGACGAGCUUGAGUCGGCCGCAGAAGGUCCAAGGCCUACUCCACGAUCGCCUGUGAAGCGAGGUGGUCAGGCGGGAAGUCCUACUAGCAAGACAACUGCUAAUCUGACCUCAGCAAACGGCGAAGCUAUCGCUAAGAACGGCGAUGCUCAACUCUCACAGGUAUCGACGGCUCCUCCUUCUUCUGCUUUGACGCUACCGGAUCCUUCUCAGGCGCCUUCACGGCGUAUCACUCGCCAGGCGGCAAUGCGUUUGCCCAGCUCCUCAAGCUCAGGCUCGGAAACUUCUGACGACUCAGACGACUCAGAUGAGGAGAUGCAGGGUGGAGAAGCGGCAGCCGAGGAUGAUGCUGGAGAAGAUCAGGAGGCAAAGUCAGAUAGCGACGAAGAGGAGGCGAGCGAAGAAGACGACGCGGGUGGCGCGGAUCAGUCUGAAAGCGGGGAAGAAGACGAGACCGAGGCUACGCAGGUUGUGAAUGGAGCUGCAAAUGGUUCCGGCGCUGCGCAGGAGGCUGACUCUUCCUCAUCGGCCUCUUCUCACACACGCUCUCGUUCAAACUCUGCCGCUUCUUCGAUCAACUCUGCCGCUUCAAAGGAUGACAAGGCUUUGGACGAUGAGGAAGAAGACGUCGCUUCGACAUCAGCGUCAUCAUCGACUGCCAUGCUUUCAGAUCGGGAAGAGGAAGCUGAUCCAAUCAGCACGUUCAGCAUGAAGCCUGCUUCUCCUGCACGCGCUCCCGUUGAGCCGGUUCAAGCUCCUCGAUCGUCUGGCAUCUUCUCAUCCUUCAACUUUUUUCAGUCUAAUCGGAAUUCGCAGGACGUCAAUGGCACCAAGGCGGCAAUGACGCAGCCCAACGGCAUCGGUGGCAGGAGCGUCAAUGGGGCAAAUCACAGCGCCUCACAGCCUGCUUCGGGUCGAAGGCCGAAAUUGUCCAUGCCUCGCCUGAGCGAAUUGGACGCUUCGGUGCUCCUGAGGCGGCGUCAACAGCCCAAUGAAAGUGCAGCAUCCUCUCAGGCCAGUACUCCUGUCGUGGCUACAAGGGGUCAGAAUCUGGCUGCUCCUGUUGCGGCAAAUGGCGAUGACGACGAAGGGCCAGACGAUGCAGACAAUGACGAGUCCGGCAGCGAGUCUGCCUCUUCCUCUUCUUCGGAUUCAUCAUCUGACUCUGACGAUGGCAAGACCAGCAGUAAGAAGACGCUGGCACAGAAGAAGGGUAACGCUGGCGGAGCAAAGAACAUUGUACCUGCUAGCAAGAGGGCGAGUGCAGCGGUGGAGGCAAAGAAGAAGCGCAAGGGUCUGGCCGACUUGUUCUGAGCUAGAGAGGGUACAGGCGGGGAAAAAUUGUACUAUGCUAUUGUUCGUCGUGCCAUGUUGACAUACCCUCUGCAAUUAGCAUUUCAAUACCAUAUCAUCUCUGUCUCACAUUGUCGACAUUUCCCUGCUGUUCAGCCUGCCGCGUAGGAGGUGGUAUCCGUUGCGGAACGGUGCGGCUGAAGCCUCUAGGUCCUACUUCCGCGUCGUGUUCAAACUCCGCGUCAGGACAUUGCGCGGCAACUACGGUCGCAGUCGGCGCUAGGCGUGAGACGGACGCGGG